AUGGUCUUAGACAAAGCCCCGCUGCGUGUGGACAAUGGCACCAUGACGAGAAGCUUCGCGGAGACCAAUCCUGCUGCCAGCACUGUUGACACGUCAACUCCCACGACAGAACUUAAAGCAGAGACAACCCAGCAGCCGGACCCCUCCAGGAUAGAGGUGGUUUCGUUGACGGAGGAAGACCUCCCCACUGUUGAGACCCCCGACACACUGAACGUCAGCCCCAUGGGCAGCUUCGUCCAAUCGGAGAGCGAUUCGACCAGACCCGACGAGCCCCGAGCUGCAGCCGCCCCCAGCCCCACCAUGCCCAUCACCAAGGUGCAGCCAUUCAUGACCGGUGAGCGCCUCUGGAGCAGCAGACUGUUGGCCCACCGCUUGGAGCUGCUCAUCGCCUCGUGCCUCUUCGUGGUCGUCACUUUCACCCUCGGCGUGGGCCUAGGAGUGGGUCUGAGUUGUGUGGGGAAGUUCCGAUGUGGCUCCUCGUCUCAGUGCAUGCGGCCCUCGGCUCAGUGCGACGGAGAGGUGGACUGUGACAACGGAGAGGACGAGCUUGGCUGCGUGCGUCUGAGUGGGAGGAGCUCGGUGCUGCAGGUCCAGAGAGGCGGAGCAUGGAGGACGGUGUGCUCAGAGGGAUGGAACAAUUGGCUGGGGCUCUCUGCCUGCAAGCAGCUGGGAUACUCCAGGUACGUGGAGUCAGAAUUCGUCUCUCCGACCUCCAUUGAGCAGGAGCUUCAAUACAACCUGGUGUCCUUGGACCUGAGCCAGGCGCAGAUCAUUAAGCUGCAGAACGCCACCACCUCGAGUAAGACUCAGUGCAGCUCCGGGAAGGUGACGGCUCUGAAAUGUCUGGAGUGCGGUUCCAGACCUCAGUACCACAGCCGUAUCGUCGGAGGCAACAGCUCCAAGCCGGGUCAGUUCCCCUGGCAGGUCAGCCUCCACUUCAGCAGUGAACACCUGUGUGGAGGCUCCAUCAUCACAUCGCUCUGGGUCCUCACGGCAGCACACUGCGUGUACGGGUUUGCCGACCCCUCCAUGUGGGUGGUCCACGUGGGGCUGACGGAGCAGCCGAUCCACGGGGCUCAGUCUCUGGCCGUGGAGCAGAUCAUAUACCACACCCGCUACCGGCCCAAAGGACUGGACUACGACAUCGCACUGAUGAAGCUGGCCGUGUCGCUGGCUUUCACUGGCUUGGUGGCGCCCAUCUGCCUCCCGAACUACGGGGAGGAGUUUGAGGAGGGCACCAUGUGCUGGAUCUCUGGAUGGGGAGCGACGGAGGAUGAAGGGGAGACCAGCGUGGUUCUGCGCUCGGCCUUGGUGCCACUCCUCUCCACCAAGGCCUGCAACCACCCGGAGGUCUACCAGGGCCUCAUCUCCUCCGGGAUGAUCUGUGCAGGAUUCCUGGAAGGAGGAACCGACUCCUGUCAGGGGGACAGUGGAGGUCCUCUGGCCUGUGAGGGCUCCUCUGUGUGGAAGCUGGUGGGAGCGACCAGCUGGGGGAUGGGCUGCGCCAUGAGGAACAAGCCGGGCGUCUACACGCGCGUCACGCGCUCGCUGAGCUGGAUCCGCCAGCAGAUGGAGAGAGAAGAGGCUCACGAUUCUCCGACGCUGCUCACACACAACUGAAGACUCUUAGUGGGGCAGAUAACAGCAUUUUUUGAUGAAGAAUCGUUCAAAUGUGGAUACAAGAACCAAAAUUGGCACAAUUACUCUAUGGAUACUGCUCUUCCAAUAAAGAACGUUAGCCAACGCAAAAAAAGCUCAUGUCGGCCGCGGCGGCCAUUUUAUUUCCCGCCAUUAUCAAAAUAUGUGUUUUCCAUGAUAUCUCCUGA